UGUUACAAGGGGGAAGGUACGUGAAGGCAACACCAGUUUACGUUGUGUGCACACUUCGUGACUUUUCCCCUAUAAACAGGAUUUCUGGAGUGAGCAGUGUUGUCUCCAGACUCACAUUAUUUACUUCGGAAUAACUAUAGUUAAUAGCCAGUUAGCUGGCUAUGUAUUUUCGUCAGAUUAUACGGACACAGUUGGUCGGGACCAGAACGGCUCACCUCAACCUUUUGCACCGUGUUUGUCGAGCCGAGGUAGCUUCUCUAAAAAUAAACCGUGUUCUUUUCAUUCUCGUAUUUAUUUUAUUCUCGUUAAGUGCCGCAGAACAUUUUCACGACUGUCCGACCAGCCCCGAUGGGGGCUGUGGGACACCUGCGGUUUCCCACCACCAAGAGAGACCACUGUGCACCAAAAGCGAUGAGGUUCGACUGGCAGAGGAGGCCAGUAAGAAGUAUGGCUCCCCAUCUCCAACCAUCUUCUCCAAAGUGAUCGACAAAAGCAUCCCUGCAGAUAUCAUUUAUGAAGAUGAGAAGUGUUUGGCUUUCAGGGAUAUCAGUCCACAGGCCCCUGUUCAUUUUCUCGUCAUUCCAAGGAUCCCAAUUCCCAGAAUAAGUGAGGCCAAAGAUGAUGAAGCAGAGCUCUUGGGACAUUUGCUGGUUGUCGCCAAAAAUGUUGCAAAGCAGGAAUCUCUAAAUGAAGGAUACAGAGUUGUGAUCAACGAUGGGAAACACGGUGCUCAGUCUGUUUACCACCUUCACAUCCACGUCCUGGGAGGGAGACAGAUGAAAUGGCCACCAGGAUAAUGGUUUUAUAUAUAUGUAUGUGUCUCUCUUUUAUUUCCACGUGUAUUCCCAUGACCAUGAUAUGAUACAUGAUGGGUAUAAUUAAGCUGUACUCUCAGUCUAAUGUGUUGAUUUUUUUUCUUUGCCUAGCUAAAUAUGAAUUGUAAAUAUGUUGAUCUUAUAAAAAAUGAAAAACAAACUGAUUAUGUUUGAUAUGACUGCAAAUAAAGACGCUAUUUCUUUACACAGAA